GAUAAAGAAGUGUAAGAAUUACUAUGAGGUACUGGGUAUCAAAAAAGAUGCCAACGAUGAGGAACUGAAAAAGGCCUACAGAAAACUCGCUUUGAAAUUCCACCCUGACAAAAACCAUGCGCCAGGAGCAACUGAGGCUUUUAAAAAGAUUGGAAAUGCUUAUGCAGUGCUCAGUAACCCAGACAAGAAGAGGCAGUAUGAUGUCAGUGGAGCAGAGGAUCCCAGCAGCCCAAGUUACAACGCUCAUGGAGGAUUUGAUUUCCACAGAGGUUUUGAGUCUGAUAUUACACCUGAAGAACUCUUUAACAUGUUCUUUGGAGGAGGCUUCCCCUCAUGUAAGCCCUUUUGUAUAGAUCAUAAGCAGAUACUCACAUUGCACAUAUAUAUUUUCUCCACAUAGAUGGAGAAAUCUGCACAACAUUCACUUGUAUAAAUUCUGGUUGGUAGGAGGGACUGUAUAGGGUUUAAAGAGGGCUGGGUGUUA